GCCCACGAGUCAGUCCAACAAGCAGCACCGCAUCCUUGCCCUUUUUCACCUCGACUUCCCAGGGGCAAAGGAUCCGGGACAAGCGGCUCAUCUUCCCAGGGGCAAGGAUCCCAGGCGCCGCGGCACCCUCCGGCGGCCAUGGAUCCGGGCAGAGGAGGCCCAGGACCGAGUCGAGACCCACCCCUACACGUCCGCACCCCUCCCUGGCGCCGGGGCGCGCCUUCACUGCCGUCGCCGUCGGUGGCCUUGGUGCAGGCAAGGCGUUCGACGGAAUGUCCCACGUCUCCUGAGCCUCCAGGGCCCCAGCGCGGAUCGUGGGCGGACCUCCCGGCCGACAUCCUCGGCCUCGUGGUCGGCCGCUUCCCCCGCGCCGACGACCGCGCCAGGCUGCGCUCCGCCUGCCGCGCGUGGCGCGCUGCGGCGCGCGCCCACGGGCGGCCGCCGCCGCCGCUCCCGCUGCUCGUGCUCUCCGACUUCGCCUUCUCCUGCUUCUGCGCCGACGGGGCCAUGACGGGCGCGCGGAGCAUCCCGUUGCCCUCACGGGAGAUGGCGGUGGACGUUCGCUGCGUCGGCGCCUUCCAAGGGUGGCUUGCCGGCGUGCAGCUCAAUAAAGGUCGCUACUUUGGUGACGGCCGGUGCUUCUUGAUGGACGCCUUCUCCCGGGAUGUUGUCUGGCUUCCGCCACCUUCAGUAGCCACCCAUUCCAUUGACCAGUACAGCAGAUCUCUCCCCAUCGCCAAUGGCUUCGGUGCGGUGCAUUGCACAGUUAAUGCCGCACAGUAUGUGAUGUCGUUCUGCAAGGUGGUCUUGUCCUCGUCACCCGACCCUGGCUCCAGGUGUGUUGUGGCUGCCAUCUCUGUGCACAGGAGUGCUGCUAAGCUUGCUCUGUGGCGGCCUGGGAUGACGUCGUGGUGCGUGUGCCAUGGAGGCUGCAUUAGUAAGUUCAGUGAUAUCACCUUGUACCAGGGGAAGGUAUACAUGUUCAGCAAGGUCACCUUGAACCUCUCUGUCUUUGACAUCUCCGAAGAUGACAGUGGCCUGAUGGUUUCUCGAGUCGAGCGCUGUGUGAUCAAAGUGCCUGAGGUCCAGGGUAGCUAUGGACAGAGGUGGAACAUGGUUGAGUGGCAUGGGAAGCUGUUGCUGAUUGUGACAUACCUAGGUGCAGAAGGCUGGCACAACAUUUGUAAGAUUGGGGUAUUUGAGAUGGACUUGAGCACAAACCAUUUCAGAUUAUCUGAGAUUAACAGCUUGGAUGGCGACUGCAUUUUCAUCAGCCCAUGCAGCAGCAACUCAUUCCAUGUGUGUCAGUAUGAUGGAGUCGAAGAUGAUCUUAUCUACUUCGUUGAUGGUGGGCCUGGUGGCCUCUUCCCUGCUAAAAAUGGACCCCCUUUUCAUAGAUUUGUGUACAGCAUGAGGGAUGGUACCAUGGCACCAUUUGCUACAGAAAUACCAGAUGCGAGCCUCCAGGCACUUGAUGGCAGUCUGAUGAAUCCAACAUGGCUUUUUCCUUCCGAAUGAACUGGUGCAGAUCAAAUCUAGUCCUAAUGAGUAUGAAUAGAUAAGAAGCCCGCUUAUGCUUGUUGUGAGGCGCCAGGCUGUUCUGUUUGUGACUGAGAACAUGUGUAUGCUGUUGUUUCAUGUAUGAUUCCGGUCAUGCUUGUCUGAAUUUGACGGCUUUUAGUAUUUAACUUAUAUGCGCACUUCCUUUUAAAAUUCCUUUGUAGAUUGUUAGUGGCUAUGCAUUGUUGUGUUUUAACUUGAA